AUGAAAGUUCGAGCGAAGGUAAUAUCUGGGCGGGAUGAAAGUUUCGAAGUUUCUGAAGAGAUUACUGUUGAACAGUUUAGACGCUUAGUGUCAGAGAGGAUAUCCAUAAGUUCGGAAAAAAUCCGUCUACUUUUCCAGGGGCGAUUUCUUUCUGAUAAAGCUAAAACUCUAGCUCAUUAUGGCGUCCAGGACGGGUUUGUCAUACAUGUGGUAGAGCAAAUGAAUCACGUAAAUAAUAUGCCCGUGUAUGCUGAUGAAGUGAACCAACAACGGAGAAGGAAUACUGGUGGGAGCUAUACAAACCGCAGAGUUUUAGUUCCACCUGUACGAUCUGUUAUAACAUUCACAAGAGGAGGAGCUGUAACAGAGCCCUCAAGAUUACAGGACCUUGUUAGAAGAGCAAUAGAUGAUUUGCCGAUAAUUCCCGCAGAAGUGAGGACUGGAUUGAGAAUAGACAUGACCGCAACGGGUUUAACUGUGAACAUGCCUGCAUUGAAUUGUCCUCAUGUUCCGAGCCAAGCUUUAGAAAGAAUCAUAGCUAUUGAUCGAGUUCUGAAAUACAUGAGGUUUUUCCGCACAAGCGCAGAGAAAGAUGAUGGAAUCUGCAGUAUGAUUGAUAGUUUAUUAGAUUCCACUCAUUGGCCUCCCGAUAAUAUCAUCAAGGUUACUCGUGGUUUCUUACUGAAUAUGGAUAGCUUCUCAGAUAUUAACAUGCCAACACAAGAGUAUGAAAAUAAUGACCCUGAAUCAGCAGAUUAUCAAGGUAGAUACCAAAGUUAUCCAAUCCCGGGAAAUGAAUCGAACGCAAACAUGAGUCCUUAUAUUGCUCGACAUGCCUUAGCAUCUGAUCUAGCUAAAAAACAUGACGAACUCCACGAGGAAUACAUGAAGUUUCAGCCUCAUCUCAAGCGAUAUAACUACAUCCUAAGUUCGCAUCAUGUGUUCAACAUAGAGGAAAGAGAUUACUUGUUGACUGAUCCUCGUGCUAACAUUUUGUGCGUUUACUCUCAACAUGUGCGAAAGAAUUUGCAUAAGUAUUCUCAUGCAUUGCACAUCCUGUCUGAAUUGAACGUUAAACUGGAAGACCCUCUUCCACGAAGGCUAUACCCGCAAAAUAGAGUGUUUCAAUUCAGUAAUCCAUCUCAGGGACAAAUUUCGUUCGAAAUCGUUGAUCCGCAUAACCCUAACCGUAUUGAAACUGCGCGACAUCAGACAGCUAGCGACAUGUUCAGAUGUACCACGAAUGAACCUACUAGCUUUGAUGGCUUGAUCUCUUUAUUUCCAACAGGGUACCAACGUCCUCAAACACUUUUUUCUGCUAGUAGACCAACGAAUAACAACCGAACGUUGGGCGGUACUCGGAGGCCGAUCAUAGUGGAUGGUCAAAUCGAGUCACCACCCCCUAUCACUACAGGAAUCACAACACCGCACGUAACAUCUUCUGAAACUGGAAGUGACUCUCAACGUAGAAGGCGCGUAUUUGAAAUUAGUCAGCUGGGUACACAGAGAGGUUCAAGUCGAGUUCCUUCUUCUGCAACAAGUGUUCUGGAAGGUAAUAACGUUCCUUCUGAAAGAUCAUCUUCUGCUCGUGCACCAGAAAAUCGUGCCACGGCGCCUUUCGAGCAUUCCUUGCUCGCUCCUCUGAUCCCAUCUGUAGGAGAACACAUGCGCACUUCUAAUAUCCCUAACCGUCAAAGUUUUGCGGAUGAUUAUCAAAUACUGCAAAACAGAACUGAUCCGAUUAUUGGGUUACAGAAUAGGACGGAGAGCCAUAAUGUACAAAGUGACACUGGCGCAGCUUUAACUUCUGAUGCAAACACUUCCUCUCAGCCUAUGGAUUUACCAGGUCGACCAUACGUAGCUCCAGAAGUUGUGUAUCCUCCACAUUCUCCUAGCCUUGAUUACAUAGGUCCGAUCGAUCUUAAUGAUGAUCAUAAUGAACUUCGACGACGCUUGACUGAAGCGGUGAGAAGUUACCAAGAUAAUAUGGAGCAUGUGGUUGCGGCACACGCAAUUUUGUUGGAAAAUCAUUUUUCUCUGAGAGCUACAACUGCGAGAGCACGUGACGCUAGCAAUCCAUUCGAAAGACUAUAUCGACAGAUCAUAGAUGCUGGAAUCACCAACAUAGGCAGAAGUUUUGGUGUGAAUGGGCUGAACCGUGCGAUGUCAGAACUACAAACCAAUCCUUUGUCGAUUUUACUCACCAUCGUGCAUUUCGCCGUAGCUGAUAUCAACUUACCGGAAUACCUGCGCUCCUUGCCGGGAGAGAACCGCCAGCCUGCAGUUAAUCCAACAUUUCCUGCUAAUCUCAUCAACGCUGCGGCUCAAUCAGAAAAUCGACGUACCGCUGAGACGUUCCUAGAGAGUUUAACAAGCAUGUUAGAUGGAACCACCUCUCCUAUGGUUGGCGGAGUUGAGAUUAGGCUCGAACCACAUGGUUUCAACAGGGUAAUCGCCAACCAUCCUAGAGUCACGGCUCAAUUCGACCGGGAUGACGCAGCAACACCUAGACCUACUGUCGCUAGUUUACUUCCUUCUGAACUAGAAUCACAUUUUGCUACUUUACGCGAGGGUGGAUCUCAGAAUAGAGGUGGAAGUGGACUGCCAAUGAUGAGUAUGCGACAGAGAGUUUUAAGACCCGACCCUUCACCCGAUUCCCCCCCGAUUCCGCUUGAUCCUUUCCUUAACUGUGAUAGUUUGUUGGAUUUCACAGGUGCUGAUUCUGCAGUGUCAGGAUCAAUGUUCCAUCAAAUUUCAUCUUCUCGAAUGUUCAACAGUUCUUUCCGUGACUCACUGAGUACCAGAAGAAGAACAAAUUUACCUACUGAGCCCUACGGAGUUCCUACGAUGGCCGAAAUACGAAUGGCUCUUACUCACAAUGGAGAAAUAAUUUCUCCUAGUGAAGAAGCAAGUGUCAUCCUCAUCAUUCAACAUGCUAUUAGAUGGAUCUUAUUACUCAUGAGAGAAAAUGAUAUAUCCCGAGUAGAAGAAACCGCUGGACGGUCCAGACAAAUAGUGGGAAUCAGACAGCUUCACGAUGAAAUGGUCGCUGCCCACUCGGAUCCAGAAGAGAGGUUUUUGAACCGUGCUUCAUUAUUCAGUCAGGAGAGUUUAUCAACAUUAAUGCUGAACGAUCUACCAGAUUCUGAAAUGGGAAGGUUACAAGAUAUAUAUGAUAAUCCUCAUGUGAUAGCAAGAAAUCCAAGUUUCGAUUCUGCAUCAAACGCACACCUUGCCAGGAACACCGGAUCUUCCAGUCGGAGACUUCAUGCUCUUUGGACUACUCCUCUCAGAUUCGAUCCUAAUUCUUCGACACCAGUUUAUUUCCAAACGAAUACCAACUUGCCUGCCAGAGCUGCACCUCCUACUAACCCUGCUGUUGCCAGAAUCGCGGUUCCCUUAGUUCAGCCAUCAACCAUGAGAAUGCCACCGAAUAUUGUUGGUAUAGCAAGUAUUAGAAACUCUGGGAGUCACGGUGCAACAACUGCUUCCACUUCUCCUGCGACCGCAGCUAUGGUUGCACCAGGAAGAAGUGGUCCAGUUCGCUUAACUCCUUCCAGCAUUAGAAUAGCUGUUCCCGUAAUAGGAUCUACUGUUCGAAAUCUCCCUAGUUCGGAUCCGAGUUUAACAUUUGCGGAGCAACUCGCUAGACAAGUAGAAGAAAACAUGAGGAAUAUGGGAGCCAGUGUAAGCCUUUUAACCAAUUCACGAGCCGGCAGUCCAUCGUCUUCAACUGCCCAAGAAAGGCCGAGCAACUCAAGAGAAGCUAUAACAGUUCGAGCACCGGAGCAAGGAACUUCUCCUCGUGCAAAAAAGAGAAAAACGGAAACUGACACAAGUUCCGCUCCGGCUUCCAGCCGAGCUUUGUUCAACAGAAGUAUUCCCAUGAACACAGUUAAUAGAACAUCUUGGGAACGUAUUGUAGCUGCAGAUGUUGAGAGGCAAAGGAACUCACCACCCCGUGUGUGUACAUUCAGCAGAGGAUAUUUAGCAGGAGGAUAUUGUGCAAGAACUGUCAGUUCUCUACCCAGAUCUUCGUCGUUUACGGGCAUAGUUGACAAUUUGACGCAUUUGAGUGUCGAUGGCUUUCCAGAGUCUCCUAUGACUCAAAAUUUAGAUUUCCUUGACGAACCAGAUUAA